UAAAUCUGCAACUGUUUCAAAGUCCUUCUCCAGCUCUGCACAUCUGGAGAAUGACACUUUUGCCCAUUCUUCUUAGAAACAUAGCUCAAGCAUUUUUUUAGUUUUUGUAACUUCAUUGGAUGGAGAGUGUCUUUAAACAUCAAUUUGGAACUGAGAUUCUCAAUCGGAUGCAAGUCUGGACUUUAAUUGAGCCAUUCCAAUACAUGAGCAUGCUUUAAUCUGAAUUGGGGGAACCUAACACACAUUUUUAGAUGUGCUUGAUUCAAGAAAUAGUCCAUAACCAAGGCUGUGUAAACCCUGAUUACAGAACUUAUAGUUCUGGCUACAGUGGAUAGCCUAUUUACCAUGCAUCGCUUUAAACAACAAACUUUAAACAAAACUUAAAACUUUCUUUCAAUAACGAUUUUAUUCUCACCACUCAUCUAUAUGGGCCAGAUUUCUGGAUUGCAUGACUAGAAGUUGUUUUUGUUGACGGAUUCUCUGUGGAGUAUCAUAGCAAAAGGAGGUGAAUAUCAAAAUAGGAUCAUUCUUUUGAUUAUAACAAAUGUCAUCUGAUUUUGUGGACCUGUUUUGUGUUUAUGUGCUCAGAUCAUUUGCAUGUAGAGUCAAUUUGAAUCGAAAUGCUGAAUUGAAUAUAAUCUCUGGCCAUCUUCCCAGCAUUUGCUCACUCACUGUCUUCUGAUGAAUUAUCUUGAGGGCAAGUGUUUCUUUACCCGAUUGGAUCUGAAGUUGGGCUGAUGUUUUACAUCUGUUAUUCCAAACUGAUGUAGUAACAUGUCACGACUCCUAAUAUCUCAAUUAAACCCAUAAGUAUUGCACACUUGCCGAAUGACCCAUACUCCCUCCCUCCUCCCUAGAAUCUGUUCUGCAGAUUUUCUGUCUUCGUUUUAUUUUUGUGUGUGGGUAUUUAAAAAAAUUUUUUUUCCAUUUGGUGACUAACUUGGGGCAGGCAAAGUUUCCAGCUCAUCAGUUUAGAUUUGCGGCAAAACAAAUGAGAGCAAUUUUGAAUCUGUGUAUCGCUGCUCUUGGGCCGAUUUUGUUUUCUGGGAACUGGAAGGUUGAUGUUGCAGUGGCAAGCGGCUUUAUGAUGCAAUAAUCUGGCAGCGCUGUUAUGAAACAGUUUGAAGGCAAAGAUUACUCGAACUAGGUUAGUGGAGCAGCAGAGCGCAGAAAGCCAACAGGAUCAUCACAGAAUUACACAGACAAGCACAAACACGUUCUCUAACAUAGGCGUGUGUAUCUGCAGAACUUUGUCCUUUGCCACUUCCCUCUGUUGCGCACAUUAUCUGUUUUUAUUUGUACACUUCCCCAUCUCAGUUUGACACAUUUGAAUAUAUCCAAAUAUCACAGCCGGCUCAUUUAUGUGCAUCAGCUAAAAUCUUCUGCACAAUUCCGCUCUCAGACGUCUGUCUGAGUCGUUUUCCUUCUCUUUCGCCCCUGCACCCUCACUUGUUUCCUCGUCGCCCUGCAUCUGCCUUGACAAAGGCAGUGACACUUUGACCUCGGCUCUUAUGUAACCGCUGUGCGGCUCCCGCGGAGGGAGCGCGUGGAGGGGAGGGCCUCGGCAUGGAUUUGAGCGCGGCAGACAUUUUGUUGCCCGACAAAAAAGUGGGAAAGAGCAUGGGAGAAGACGAGACUCGGAGGGAGGGGUUAAGCUGGAGGACGUUUGGAAGGCUGCCAGCGACGGUAUAACAGGAUGAGGAAGUUGACUGGGGGGAUUGGGAGUGUUGGCUGGUAAAAAUGAAACAUAAAUAGAUGGACUGUUUGUGAUAGAGGAGCAAAAAGGCAAAGCUGCAUUUCUGAGAUUACACGGAGAGUUUGAAUGUUUUAAAUACAUUGUUGCCAGUGGCGGUCUGUGCAUGAAUGCUGCCCUGGGCAAAACCCCUCCAUCUUUGCUCUAUAUACAUUGUGAUAAGAAUGAGAAGUGAUUAGGCGAGAUGAGAUAAGAUUUUAGGAAAUGUUUCUCUCAGUCUGUGGUUGUUUGGAAGCCAUGCCAAGAAAAGGAUUGAAAAUAUUGAUGUCUCUUGGUGUGAGGGCAAUGAAGGAGCGAGGGAAACAAAUGAAUCUCAAGUUAAUUGGGUUUGGGGUGGAAUUAUCCACUUCAGGUUUGACUAUUCAAAAUGUUUCAGAUUUUAAACUAGAGCCAAUAGUAUAGGUCCAGAUAUCUUGAAAAAAACAAAAUAUGAAAUGUGUUUCUUGAAUGAAAUACCAACUUCCUUUCCUAGCCGCAGUGUGCGACCAUGUUGUCUUAUGCUAUUGAUAUUGUAUAGAACCGACGACAACAAGCAAAAAGACAAAAACCCUGCUACUCAUGUGUGCAUCCCCCUGAUUCAAUGGUGCUCUGGGCAGUGAGCCAUAUAACCUAUAUCACAAUUUCCUUGAGUAAAUGAUUAGUAAAAUAUGAAACAAGAAACACACCCAUCUUUGCUUCAUGGCCAACAUCGUGUGGUAACCACGAUAUGGAGCCGCUUCUCUGCGACUUAUCUUUAACACACUUCAUCUUGCUCGCCAGCAACAAUUUUAACAUCAGGCGAGCAGAUAUUUUGUUGUUCUGCAGUUUUGUUGUUAGGAGGAACGUAAGGUUUGCCGUUAGUCAGAUCAAAGCCAGGUUUCGUCUUGUGACUCCCUAGGGUUGAAUUUAAAGGCCUCGCUCACAUCAAAGAGUCUUUGUAGCGAUGGACGGACGGACUGUAACUGAUUGGCUGCACAUGGUUCCAGCAGGGGCCCUUGUGGUCAAACUCUGCACCAUCAGCUCUCCUCAGAUUCCACUCGGACUUCUCGCUGGUAACACUGUAAACCAUCCUCGUGCAUUAAUGCACAGCAGUGAUUUAACCUUAAAUUUUCCACCACCUCUACAUGUUGUUUACUCCCUCAGUGAGCUCGCAGCACAAGCAAACAUGCAUGUCCUUGCUUGUGCCAGUUGGUUCGCCGAGAUUAUUUCAGCCUCCCUCCAUCUAUAGAGCCAUAAUCCCUCAAUGCUUCCCCCAAUCAGUUAAUCUUCCUGCGCUCUUCCCUCUGGAGGCAUAAUUAAUCCCCCUCGCCAUCCUCCCCCUCCACAUCCCAUAGGGCUGCGGCUUUGUAAUCUGGAGCUGGAAGCUUCGCCGCAUCACUAGGUCAGUGUGUCAGAGAGAGUACAAACACUGUUCUCUCCUGCAGCAAUCUGCUCAUCCUCCACUCCGCUCCUCUCCUCCUCCUACCUCAGCCUUUUCUUCUAUCGUUCUCAUUCCCAGCUCUUUUAUCUUCCCCUGCUUCUGCUACCUCGCUGCGCUCCUGCACAUCUGCUUCUUCUCCUUCAGUUUUUAUAGACUUUGCCGUGUAGGAAGUGAUAAAGGCUGUAGAAUAAAUAUAAAAGCAAGGGUUCAGUCAUGGGUUAGGAGGUGUGAAGCCAAGCACCCAACCGCCUUCAGUUUUUAGCCAUCACGCAGCUUAUGUUCUGUAAGAUUGGUGUCCUUUGAAAAUUCUUAAAACAGUGUCAGCUUAGCUGGAAUUUGUUACCAGAUGAAAGAAGCACUGAGAAAUUAAAAUCUGAUGAGAGCUUUUCAUAAGUUUCUCCAUUGCAGCCGUUAAGGAUUCUUACACAUUCAGUGAAUUUGAAUAGGUAUUUUUGUGUUAGAGCAGCACAAAGUACAAAGUCACUAUAAAGUGGAAGAAACUGAAGGAUUUAGUUUUUGCGCCUUUCAUGGCAGUAAUGGGUUGCUGCCAGCCUUUGGCAUUUAUAAACUGAAAAAUUAUUUUUGCAAAGUAGCCAAGUCAGAUGGGAUGGACUUGAAGAUCAGUUUUCAAGUCUUUCCACGGAUUCUCGGUUGGAUUUCGAUCUACACUUGGACUACACUCUAACUCAUGAAUAAACUUCCCAUUCCAUUGUAGCGCUGGCUGCAUGUUCAGGGAUGUUAUCCUGCUGGAAGCUGAACCUUCAUCACAGUCCUUUGAUGCCUCUAACAGGUUUUCUACCAAGAUCGCUUGGUAGACAGCUCCUUUAACUAUGACCAGUUUCGGGUGCUGUGGUGGCGCAGAGGCAAAGCACGACCCAUGUACUGAGGUCUUAGUCUCGUGGCGGUGGUCGCAGGGUUGAUUCCCGGCCUGGUGACAUUUGCCACAUGUUUCCCCCUCUCUGAUUACCCUGUUUCCUGUCGAAGUACUUUCAAAUACAGUAAAGGCCACUUGAGCCAACAAAAACAUAAAAAAAAAAAAAAAAAAACUAUGACCAGUUUUCCUGUUCCUGGUGAAGAAAAGUAUCCCCAAAGCAUGAUACUGCCACCAACACAAUUCACCAUGGAGACGGAGAGUUCAUUGUGAUUUCUGUGAUGUCACUGACUCGUGACAAUUUUAAAUGAGACUUCCUUAAAGUCCAUCUCUUCCAUACAGCCCAAAUUUGUGACUGAGUGUGUGACUGGUGGUUGUACUGUAGUUGACCUGUAAGUAGAUUCUCUCAGCUGAGCUGCAGCUUCUCCACAUUAAAAGUGGAUUGUUUUGGUAAGGUGGACAGCCAUUUUGUUUCCAGUAGGUGCCAAACUCGCUCCUCUUUCAGAUCAUGGAUUUAUCAGGACUUGGGAUAACCUGACUCUGCUUUAAUCUUCUCCACAACUGUAACCCCGACCUAUUACGAAGGCUGUUUGUUGCACAGGAUUUUAUUUAAGCUCAUCAGAGUAAAGGGGCAUCAAACAAAUGUAUCAGUCUUUUGUUGUACAAAAAUUUAAAACCACCAAUUAUGCACUAUCUUCUGUUGGUAUAUGCAUACAAGUUAGUGUUUUUAACACGACAAUAUGCAACAAAACCAAUGUAGGAGAUAUUAUUCUAAGGCAUUGUAUAUUUCAAUAUAGAAUCUAUCUAGUGCUUUGUAUCUCUUUUGAGUGUUUUAUUUGCGGAAAAUAUCAAAAAAGAGGUAAUCGUACACAGAACACCAGAUGUUUUUCCAUCAACUCUGGAAUUGAUUGCUUGAAAGCAGCUGGCGGAUUGUUUUGUUGUUAUUGUCAAAACAGAAACCACAGACAAUACAGACCAGACAGAGGAUCUUUGCAUGGGUGCAGAGCUCUAUAAAUAAAACCUGAAGAUUUUAUUUGAAUGCAUUCCUCUUGCAUUCAGUCACACAUAUUUAAUGAAACCAGUUUUAAGGGAAGCUUUGUCCCCUGGAUGUUGGUUGAGCUGUCAGAGGAAGACAGAGGCCAGUCUAAAAACAUCUUUUAUCUCUACUUCCAUUCACUGCCACUUAAUACCUGCCGGGCACUGUAACAAGCAUUCACUGGACAAUAGGUGGAGACUGAAGUAGCUGCUGAGCUCCAUUGCAGGCACUCUGAACGAUUGUUGGUUUUAUGCCACUCCUUUCCAAAAUCUCCCGACUUCAAUUAUGAAAUUCAUUCUCGUGUGUUGCCAUUCCCAGACAAGCUUUCAUGGAAAAACAUUUUCGGUUAUUUGAUUAUGUAAACAGCUUGCUUACAUACGCACACGCACACCCACACACACACACACACACACAAUGACAUGCAUUGAAUUACAGCAGAGGAUAAUUGUCUUCCAGGAUGCCUGGACUUGUCCUGAAGUACAUAAUCGGUAACAAAUGUCUCUCUCAUUCUGUCCGACACCUCUCCUCUUUGUUUCUCACAGAGCAGUUUAAACAUCCACGCCCGAUCAUGCUCAAAUGGAGGGAGGAAUUAGUGCCGCUGACGCACUCCCUGAUUCAAGCUAACAAAAGAUUGUCAUGAUUGAUUAAUCUCAUAAUUAAUUUAUCAAUCCCUGUUUGCCUUCAGUGCAGGCUGAGCCCAAAUCACUGCGCCCGCUGCUCCCUGCCCGCUCCAAACGCAGGGAGUUGAUGCAAAUACAAAUGCAUGUCAUGCAAAGAUGUGGCGUGCAGGAAGACAGGUCUCCAUGGCAACUAGACUGUGUUUAUCUCCGGUGUGACUCAAUGUGCUGUGCCAUGUGAGCCUGACCUAGAUAUAAGGUAUACGCCCAGGCGAGUGUGAACGCGCACACGUUGGCAUCGUGCUCACAUGGAACCGCACAUGGAAAAACACACUGCCACUGACUCCAUGUUUGUGCCCGGAGCUGAAAUAAACCAUGUUUGAAAGAGAAGAGAGAAAUUAUUCCAGUGUCCUGCUGUUUGUUGUCGUUUUUGUUAUUGUUGUUGUUUUCAUCAGACAUGAUUAUUCCUGUAUCAUGUGGUCUUAUGUUUUUCUUUUUUGACCCGGUGACCUAAUUUUGUUGCUGAGCCAUACGCAAGGCUAUCAUUUACUCUUUGUCUCGGUUGAAUGUUUUUUCAUCCACCCAUACCCUGACUGAUCCUGCAUUCCUGUUUGAGUCUAAUAAAGGACUUCCUCAAAAAAAAAAACAUUAAAUCAGCUUCUCCAUGAAGCUUGCCAGUGGAGGGAAGCUUGCCAGUGCAUGUGGAAAUUUCCUGGGUUUGGAAUUACUAAAUUCCAGCGAACCAACACCAGCAGAAGACAUGGAUCCCCAAUUGAUUACUGACUGUGGAAACAUCCCAAUGUAAUUCUAGUAGCCUGGGUUAUGGGCCUCUCCACCGUCCCUGCAGAGUUUGAAAUUUUGAUUUCCCAAUAAAAUGCCCCAUUUAUGCUAAUUUCUGAAUAGGACUUUAGUUCAUUGUGUAACCGUACAGUUCUUUUCCCCGUUAGCCCAGGUAAGAUGCUUCUGACUUCGUCUCUGAUUCAGAAGUAUCUUUGCCCACGUUGCAGUUUUCCAUUUUAUGUAUGGAAUUUUUUCUACCACAUUUUUUCCUUCCACUCAACUUUCCGUUCAUAUGCUUUUAUACAGCAUUAUGUGAACAUCCGGCUUCUUUAGCAAUUACCUUCUUUUAAUUUGGAUGCAGUUAUGGAAAUCUGCUUUCUAUUCCAGGUGGCACUCCUGGAGGUCUGUUUUGACUCUGUGGUGGCGUGAGCCAUCUUUUAUGGCAUAGCAUGCGGAAGCAGAAGCUGCACUGAGAGGAGGCUUUUGGAUAAGCUCAUCAGAGAGGCUGGCUCUCUUCUAGGAUGUCCUCUUGACCCAGUGAUGGGAGUCAGAAGUUAAGCAAAAAUAACAUCUCUGUUGGACAAUUUCUCACGUCUCGUGUAUAAACCUGUUGCAGAACCGGAGACCACCUUCAAUGAUGACAGACUGCUGCAUCCUAUGUGCACAAAGGAGUGCUAUAAAUUUGCCCUUACAGUACAGUCACUUAUUCUUAUUUUUUGUUUAUGCCUAUUUUACUUUUGAAUGUUCAUGCUUCCAUUUGCCUGUUACUUUGCACUGCAAUUUCUCAACAGCUCAGAACUUUUUAAUCCUUUGCAGUCUCUGAUCUUCUGUGAGCAGGAUGACAACAGAGGGUAACAGAGCCUUUUCAGGAUUCACACUCUGAAAAUGUGUCAAAUUUACAACAUACAGUUGUAAGUUUGACAAAUGUACACUCAUCUUUUAAACAUAGGCUUUUGCUUAACUGUCUUUAUUUACUGAUUUUAAAAGGCUUGUUUUAUUCUUUUUUCUGCACUUUCUUGAAAUCUAUAUAAAUAGAUUUUCAUUUACUUUUAUGUGGAAGCUGGUAAAGGCUAUCGAAGAGGCAGUUACCAUCAAAUCAGCCUCCGUCGUGAUUGUUCAGGGGAAUAAUAACACAUUUCUACAGUGAUUACAGCUGUAGGCCAUAAUCGUCAAACAAACCCUUAAAAUAAAUCACAGUGCAUCCAGUGAACCCAUAUAUAAUUUGAGUUUUGCUUUUUGAACUGAAUUUCUGCGAGAUGUGUAUUUCCUAUUCAUGUUUGAAUCAGAGGGCUCAUUAUAUGUGUAUGAUUUAUGCGGAUUAAUUAUUUGUUGCCCCACUUUAAGAGCGUUUCAACACAACAGCAGCCAGCAUGCCGCCUCAGAUUGUUGUUUGCAGAGAUAAACAGCACAGUGGAGAAUCAAGAAUCAGGGAUGCGUGAGAUCUGGCAGCUCAGUUCAUACGUAACCCUGCUGCAUGACUCACUCAUCCUGGAUCAGACUGCAGAAACAGAGACAUCCAGUGUUGGAUUGGCAGUAUAACACUCCAAGCUUAUGUAAUGCUUGGAAUUUGCACUUUAGGCCCCUCAUCCACGGUUCUCGGCCCUUAUUGUCACAGAGCUGCCAGGACACAUGAUAAGUCACAAUGUCAAUAUGAGGUUAUUCAAAUCGCAGAUGAAUGCGGCAAUUGUUCCAUAUCAUAUCAGAUAACAUGCAUAGAAAAUAUGUGCUAUCCUCGAGACGUUUCUAUAGGUGAAGGUCUUCAAAACAAGCACACAGUCACACUUUCUGGAGGCUGUGAGCAACAUGACUUCUUCCAAAGGCUAAAAAACCUCAACAACAGAUUGACGACCCCCACAAACAUUAUGUAAUAUGGCGGCGUUAUGCAAUCACAACAAAAAAAAAAAGAAACGCUGGAGUUAAUGACUGGAGCUGAGGCAGAUAAAUAGAUCCAACAUGUUGUUGCUGAGUCAUCUGAGUUGACAUGUAUCUAUAAAGCUGCAAGUUGUUUUCUGGGCUCGUUUGGAGGACAUGGGUCUCGGGGAAAUGGGCGACUGCGCCACGGUUGUCUAACUCAGAAGGUGUGCAAAAAAAAAAAAACUGCAUUGCGUCACAGCGGGUAGCAGAUCAAAAAGCGAGAGAGAGAGAGAGACAGAGGGAAGAGACGGGAUGGGUUGGGAAGCAGGGGUGCAGCCAGCCAAGCCAGGAGGGAAGACAGGGAGGGGUGUGUCCUCACUGACCUAGUUAGAGCUAAAUGGAAAACCCCCGCCCUCUCCUCCUCUUCCUCCUCCUUCUGGCCUUGUCACUGACGUGUAAAGGGCACUUUCAAACAUUACCAGACAGAUAAAAGUGAAUGCAUGAUGGCAGCGACAGGAUCACAUGGAAGACAGAGUGGAAGACCAAGGCAGAAAUCCAGUGAAACCAAUGUAACAGGUCUGGGGAAUAUCUCAGGGAAAACCAAAUGGGCCUAAACAGAUUUCAGACAAAUUAAUUACAACAACAUACUGCAUCUGAAAUAUUGAGCUGCCUCAUAUCCUGUGCGAUAUUAGGUUGUUUUUGCAUUUAUUUCCACAGAACAAUAUCUGUGAGGCAUGAGGUUGCUUUUAAUAACAUUGGGACGUAAUAACUGCCAAAUGCAGACUAAUAAACAGGAUUUAAUCUAACAUCUCCCGGGCUUUUUCCUGACUCUGUGCAAAUGUGGCAGUUUCAGGGUUGAUUCAAAGCAAACGGCAGCCAAGCAGGUGUUCUGACUAUCUAUCAUGCCCAACAAUCCGUCCUACCUUGUCGAGUAAAUACACCAAACUUAUUACAAAUGUUCUGCAGGAAGCAAGUUUGGCCAUUCUUAUCUAAAGAGCCUUGCAGAGCUCUAGAAUUUUGUCACGUUUUCUCUCCUUACAAGCACAAACUUCAACGCAUCUAACUGGGAUGGAUAGUUGUGACAGAACAACACAGUAGAGCACACAGAGCUCUGCUUAAUCCAUUAUCUGUGCAACCUAAACUGACAGGCUGGACAUGGAGAAGAUCCGAACUGGCAACUCUGGAGGAGCAGCGGAGAUGCAUAGCUCCGGUCGGAGAAUUACAGGACAUUUAUCGGUCAAAGCCAUACACAGUUUGCCAUAAUUAUGCAAUCUAGAGGUCACAGCGAACACGUAGAAGCUCAGACUAAAGUGAAACUUUUUGGUCUACAUUCAAAAUGCUAUUUGUGGUGGAAUGCCACAAAUAGCCUGCGUGAAGGCUAUUUGUGAAGAUGCCACGCCCCUGGUGAAACGUGGUAAAAUGUUGUUGGGAUAAUUUUGUCAGUAUUGAGUCCAAUUCAGGGAGAAAAUGUGAAAAAAAAAAAGUCGAGACUGGGCAGAGGCUUGCUUUCCACCACAACAACCCUAAAAAUGCAGCUAGCGCUCCAGCUGAAUGGAUUAGAUUAAGAAAGGUUUAUUAGUUAGCCCUCUAUGGCAUUGUGUUGCCCUCAGGCAACAAACCACUAUUUUGGCCCACACACCGCCCCUUUAAAGUUUUUUUAAGUAAAACAUCACAUAAAAAAUCUGAUGAUAUGUCUGUGACCAAUGAAAUUUGAGCUGGGCGUGGCUUUGACCUUUGUCUUGGGGUGAAACAAUCCUUUUUUUGGACCGCAGCUGACUUGGACACACCGCUAGCAGAAGAUGACCUGCCUGAUGACAAUGAGUCUGUGGAUGAAGAGGAAAAUGAAGAGGAUGAAGUAUCACAGGAAGCUGUUCCACGCUUACCUCGUUGGAGAACACCCCACAGUGCCAAUAUCACUGAUUACCCAGAAUGGCAGGCCAGUCUUCCAAAAUCAGAUCAUAUCAAUUCCCCCUACAAAUACUUCAAGAUGUUUUUUUCUGAAGACAUUCUGGAAGUAGUUCUAGAGCAGUCAAAUUUAUAUGCCAUUCAGUGUGACACCAACAAGCCCCUUAACCUCACUAAAAAAGAACUGGAACAAUUUAUGGGUACAGCAGUAUACAUGUCAUUGUUUGGAUUACCAGGCACCCGCAUGUUUUGGAACAAAGCCACCCGAGUGUCCCAGGUAGCUGACACCAUGGCACUAAACAGAUGGGAGUUCAUUAAAAAAUCCCUGCACUUCAACAACAAUGAAGUGAGACAACGAGAAAAUAUUGAUCCACUCCACAAAAUCCGACCACUGGUCACUCAUCUUACCUCAAAGCUGCAGACAAUACCAAUGAGUGAGAAGUUGGCUGUGGAUGAGCAGAUGGUCCCUUUCAAGGGAAGAAAUAGACUCAAGCAAUACCUGCCAGCUAAGCCAAAGAAAUGGGGCUACAAGAUAUUCAUCUUGGCUGGCUCUGAUGGUGUCCCGCACAAUUUUGAGAUUUACACGGGGAGAGUUGUGCAACCACCUGAGCUGCCAGAUGUAGGAGCAAGUGGCAAUGUUGUCCUCCGCCUGGCCCAGCCAAUACCCAGACAGCAGAACUACAAGGUGUUCUUUGACAACUGGUUCACGAGUGUCCCUCUCAUUCUCACACUUGCUCACCAGGGAAUUCACUGUACUGGUACUGUUCGUAGCAACAGACUACCAGGUGUCAACUUGAUGUGUGAUGUUGAGUUGAAGAGAACUGGGCGUGGAUCUUUUGAACAGAAGAUCGCCAUGGUUGGAGAAACCACCUUGCAUGCUGUGAAAUGGUAUGAUAACCGUUCAGUCAGUCUUCUCAGCAAUUACAUUGGAGCGCACCCAGUCACCGACGUUGAUAGGUGGGAUGGCAAGCAAAAAAAAAUCAUCAAAGUUCCCUGUCCUGCUGUGGUGAGAGAGUACAAUAAGAAUAUGGGUGGAGUGGAUCUGCUGGACUCCCUCAUUGCACUGUACCGCAACAAAAUCAGGUCGAAAAAGUGGUACCAUCGGCUGAUGUUCCACUUUAUCGACAUGACCAUCGUGACUGCCUGGCUGCUCUACAAGAGAGACUGCAGCAGCACUGGGAUGAGAAAAGAGGAACAGAUGAGGCUUUAUACAUUCAAGUCAUAUAUUGCAGAAAGCUUGUGCAAAAGUGGAAAGAAUCUGGAGCGUAAGAGAGGUCGUCCCAGUUCCACAAUUGCUGGGGAGUACGAAGAGAAGAGGAGAAGAGGACCUACUACACCUAUCCCAGUCCCUGAUGCGCGUCUGGAUGCCACAGCCCACUGGAUGGUCAUGGAUGAAAAGAAAGGGAGAUGCAAGGUACCAAGAUGCAAAGGUACACCUAAAGCCAAGUGCCAAAAAUGUGACGCCCACCUUUGUUUCACAUCCACCAGCAACUGCUUCAUGAGGUUCCAUACAGAAUAAUACAAACUGUACUUUGUAAAAAAGAGAAACACGGAGCCAUUCAGUACCCCACAGGAACAUGUAUUUGGAAACAUAAACACACACUGCAGCUAAUCUCUAAUGCACUAAUUGAUAAACCAUUUGUGGCUGUUUGUUGAAAGGAAACUUGUUGAAAUUGUUGUUGUUGAAAUUAAACUUCUUCUAAUGUG